GCCGUCGUGGUUGUACUCCAUAUCAGGGAUCGCGUUGUCUGCCCAGCGACCUGCGUGGGCGGCGCGGCGGCAUCUUUGCCCCCCCAACUUUGGCAUCGCGUCUCGCCUCGCCCCGCCCCCGGCCGGCCGGGGGCGUGCGUGCUCGUGCGUUGGCAUUGGCCAUCGAUCCAUCUCCGAUCCUCUCCUUUUACAGGCCCAGUCGGAUACUCGGUUCAGCCAACACGGAAUAACCUUCGGCCCAUAGACUUAGUCUGCAGACCCAAAAGCAGAGACGGAGUUUGCUCGGACAAGGCCUACCAACUGUUUAUGUCCAGAUUUUGCAUAGAUGGGCCGACAAAGUUCAAGGUACAUGGUGAUGGGAAUCGCCAGCUCGUAAAGUGCAGCAUCCGAGGGUUACGCGUGAGCUCCGGACUACUGAAGUGAAGGUCAGGAGCAUAAUCUCCCAAUUUUUAUUGUAACAGGAUGAUUUUUUUGAAGAUUAUAUAACUGCAAGUGCAGGCAUGUUUUAAAAUACAGCUAGGCUCUGUUUAAUUGGUGAAAAGUUGUUGGUUUUAGUACAGUAGCACAUUUCGUUGUUACUUGACAAAUAAUAUUCAAUCAUGAACUAAUUAGACUUAAAAAAUUCAUCUCGCGCUAAUCAGUUAGAUUGUGUAAUUAGUUAUUAUUUUAAUACUUAAUACUCUAUAUAUGUGUAAUCAGUUAGAAAUUCUUUUUAGAAACUAAACAGGGCCUAAGCCUGCCACAGCUAAAAAAAAUAGCCAAGCGGACUUACAUAAGAUGGGGUCUAUGGCAUAUAUACGUACAAGAGACUAGUGCUUCGUUUGCUGAUUUUCCCAAAGAUCACAGGCUCACAGCAGUCCACGCUCUCCCGCUGUCCUGUCCCGUCCUGUCCAGCGUGCCGUGGCUGUACUGUCUACGCGCCCUGUUCGGCUUGCUGAUUUGGCUGGCUCGCCCCCUGUACUGGCUGUUUUUUUGAGAUGAUUUAUAAUAAAGCGGCUGGUACUGUAGCAGUUAUUUCUUAUAUAAUUUAAGUAUCCAUAAUCAGCCAUAACACUAUGGUACUGCAGCUACAAAAGUACUGUACCUACAGUAAUUCACCUAGCCAUAAUCAGUGAGCCAAACAGUAACUAUGUUCUUUGCUUUUUCUGGCAUACGCCGUCUCUAACACCCUGUUUAAUUGGUGAAAAGUUGUUGGCUUUGAUACUGUAGCACAUUUCGUUGUUACUUAAUAAAUAAUAUUUAAUCAUAAACUAAUUAGGUUUAAAGAUUCAUUUCGUCCUAAUCAGUUAAACUACAUAAUUAAUUAUUUAUUUUAACUAUAUUUAAUGCUUCAGCCUGUAUCCGAACAUUCGAUGUGAUGGAUAUUGUGGAAGAGAUUUUGAGAACUAAACAAGGCUUAAUUUUAAGAAAGUAAGUCAAGCAAAUUUCAGCCACAAUUUCACCAUACCAAGCGAGAGCCAAGUCAAAGUUUGUUCAGUUUGAGGAGAUAUCCAUCGGGUCCCGCAUUGCCGUCAGAUCCAAAAACCUGAGGGCGCCCCAUGCCACCAUGGCCGCCAGCAACGUCUGGACGUCCGAACCAUGGGCCGGACGGCACGGCAGGUCGGCAAGGCUGGACCAAACGCGCCAGCACGUAACAGACACCCCCGUUCCGUUCCGAUCCGUUCCCCCGUCGUCCUCGCCCCCCCUCCUCUCACCAGCCGUCCACCGCUCGCCCAGCCGUAGCAGCCCAACCGCUGCCGGCGUCGCCGUCGCCGUCGCCGUCGCCGUCACGCCGCGGGCCGACCUGCCGUGGCCUCGUCGCUAUCCCUUCCGGUCGCUUGACACAAAAGCCAGAUCAAUCCCACACCUUUCGGCCGCUUUACGCGACGCCUUUUUAAUCCCUUCCGCCCUCCGCUUCCGGUUCCCCUCGCCCACCCCAGCCCAGCCUGCCCCCCUGCGCCGCGCCGCGCCGUGUCCCCGACCCGGCGGCCAUGGCGGAGGAGCAGCAGCAGCGGCAGAGGUGGCAGGAGGGCCACCGCCUGUGCGCCAACAACUGCGGCUUCUUCGGCAGCCCCGCCACGCUGGACCUCUGCUCCAAGUGCUACCGCGACCUCAACCACCGGCAGCCCGCCGCCCCCGCGCCGCCGGCCUUCGCGCCGCCCCCCGCCGCCGCCUCGGCCUCAGAAGCUUCCGAGGCGGGCGCCGCGGCGCCUUCCGAACCCGAGGCUCCGGCGCCGGCCCCCGCGGCGGGCGCCUGCAGCAGGCAGGCGGGCAGGUGCGCGAGCUGCCGGAAGCGCGUGGGCCUGACGGGGUUCGCGUGCCGCUGCGGCGCCACCUUCUGCGGCGUGCACCGGUACCCGGAGCGGCACGCGUGCGCCUUCGACUUCCGCGCCGCCGGCCGCGACGCCAUCGCGCGCGCCAACCCCGUCGUCAGGGGCGACAAGCUCAAGGACAAGGUCUGAGGAGUGAGGACCUCGACGCGACGGCCGGAGGGUGGGGUGGAGGAGGACGGCGGCUGCCGGCUGCGAACGGAUCGUCGGACUGUACCAUGUACUCCGUGUACCCCCCUCGAUUGCAUGUGUACGCUGACGCCCAGUUAGGCGUUAGCCAUCGCAAGUUGAAAUCGAAAGCUAAACUGGUUUCGAAUAAUAUAAGAGACCCGGAUCGGCGGCCUUGCUGCGUGCA